AUGGAGAAACGGCAAAACAGCUUUGACGUGUUACCUUUAGAAAUGCUUCUCCAAAUACUAAAUGUUCUGGACUUAAAAAGCUUAUUAGCCAAGAAAGAAACAUGUAAAAGAUUCCAUCAGCUACUGGAAGACAAUGACUGGUUAUGGAGAAGACACUGUCUGCAACUGCGAGCUGUGUGUCCAAUAGAGAUUGAUGAAGAUCGGAAAAAAGGGCAUACGUGGCAGGAAACCGUAAGAAUAAACUACAAAAAAUGUAUUAUCAAGCAAAAAUGGAAGGACGGUGUGUUUAGUAAUAUUGACUCCUAUGAAAAACUGCCACCGCAAACCAUGUGCCUGCUGAGUGUGGAAUCCUGGGGAGAAAUACUCGAUGCUGAACUCUCAAGAGAAACACAAAGACAUACUUGA